GCACAAAACCGAGGUUGUUUUAGUGCAACAUGGCAAUGGGGUCCCUUAAACAUGUUGCUUUUAUCUUAUUCUUUUGGUUUCCGAGUUUGAGAGCUGAGGAAACUGCAUCAUCACAACGUUGUGAUUUCCCAGCAAUAUUCAACUUUGGUGACUCUAAUUCAGACACUGGUUGCAUGGCUGCAGCAUUUUACCCUGAGGUUUUGCCUUAUGGUGAAACUUUCUUCCAUGAGCCUGUUGGUAGAGCCUCUGAUGGACGCCUUAUGAUAGAUUUCAUUGCCAAUCAUCUGGGUUUCCCAUUCUUGAGUGCAUACAUAAACUCAAUCGGAACAAGUUAUAGGCAUGGUGCAAACUUUGCUGCAGGAUCAUCAACCAUUAGGAGGCAAAACAGGACAGUUUUUGAGGGUGGCACUCCAUUCACUUUUGAAAUCCAGACUCAACAGUUCAACCAGUUUAAGCAACGCACUGAAAAGUUCUUCAACCAAGGAAGGAGAAACUCCUUCGAAAGACACUUUCCGAGGCCAGAGGAAUUUGCUAAGGCUAUCUACACAUUUGAUAUUGGGCAAAAUGAUAUUGCAGCUGCUAUUAACAACGUGGGCAAGGAAGAUUCUAAUAAAGUGAUCUCAGAUAUUGUGGAUUACUUUGCAAACCAAGUUCGAAAUUUACUUGGACUAGGAGCAAAGACAUUUUGGAUACAUAACACAGGUCCCAUUGGAUGCUUGCCAGUGUCGAUGCCCAUUCACAAUGCCAAGAGCAAUGUUACUCCGGUGGAAGGGUACACUGAUCAAAACGGCUGUAUCAAUUAUCAAAACGACAUGGCAAGAGAGUUUAAUAAAAAGCUGAAGAACAUCGUGGUUAAACUAAGGGCAGAGUUCCCACAUGCCUCAUUAAUUUAUGUUGACAUGUUCUCUGCUAAGUAUGACCUAAUCAGUAAUGCAAAUAAAGAAGGAUUUGUGGACCCUUCUGAAAUCUGUUGUGGGUAUCAUGAAGAUGGAUAUCACCUAUACUGUCGGAACAAAGCAAUAAUUAAAGGAAAAGAAAUUUUCGCAGGUUCUUGCGAUGAUCCUUCCAAGUACAUUAGUUGGGAUGGAGUGCACUACACCGAAGCUGCAAAUAGAUGGAUUGCCAAUAAAAUACUCAAUGGUUCCUUUUCAGAUCCACCACUUCCAAUUGCACACUCGUGUCAUGCCCAAUAGUAACUCAUUCCCACCUUUGCAAAUCUAGUGCAAGGUGUUUCAUCAUAAUUUAAAUUUGAUCAUAGUUAUGAGUCACUUUCGGCCAACAUAAUUUGUUAUUUACUAUUUAAUGAAAAAUAUAUAUAAUAUAAAAA